GCGUUGAAGCAGUUGAGCCUGAGUUCUUGCUUCCGCCAUAUUCACCGGGAUGACGACCCUCUUGUUGAUACUGCCGUCUUGGGAGUAAACGGUCACCAGUUGCUGACUCUGGAAAUAAACAAACCAAUUGGUUUCUCCGAGAUCACAGUUUCAGCUGCCAAGCUCACAUCAUUUACUUUUAAGUUCGAGAUUCUCGAUUCUUAUCCGAUAACAGAAGUCUCCUUGGACGCUCCAUCCUUAGAGCAUGCAGCUGUCAACUUGAAGGGAUACAAAGAUUCGACUGUUGACGAGAUUAAGGAAAACGUACAGAAUGGGUAUGCAGUGUUAAUCCAUGGUCUGCGUCGAGCGGAAUCUCUUAUCUUCAAAUUUGGUACCACCACGGCAUUCUGGAGUGCUUGUCAGCUGUUGAGAGGUCGACCUUCGCCUUUUCGAAGAUUGAAGUCCUUGACUUUGCGUCAUAAGGAAGACAGGGCCGUGAUAACUGAUCAUCAUCAGGAUGUGAUUGCUUACUUCUUCGGCAGGUCUGCUCCAAGAAUUUACUAUGGCGAUCGAGUUACUGAGAUUACUAAGCCAUGAUUCCUGCACCAUCCGUAGUACUUGAACGUUUUGCAAGCUGGAAGUCUGAUUGAUCCUGUGAGCUCUGAGAAAACAGAGGAUGACGAAUUUGUUUCCUGUACUUGUACUGAUUGGGAAACUAGGGGGGAUUUGUUGUUAAUGCUAGACUUUGUUGUUGUGUAACUCAUUGAUGUAGUGUUUCAUGGUGUCCGUCUUCGAUCUGUGAUGGUC